UGAAAUGCAUUAGAUACUUCGCCGCUAUAAAUAAUCUCGUCGGGAGCGGAGAUUGCAGUUUCGUGUUGAAAGAAAUCUCUCCGAGUAAAAAGUCUCGAUCUUGCUGUAAUCGGUGAACAUGGAGAAGGCGAUCGAGAGACAGAGGGUUCUGCUUGAGCAUCUCCGUCCUUCUUCUUCUCCCUCGCACAAUUUCGAGGCGUCUCUCUCUGCCUCAGCUUGCUUGGCGGGAGACAGUGCUGCAUAUCAGAGGACUUCACUGUAUGGGGAUGAUGUAGUGAUUGUCGCGGCGCAUAGGACCGCACUUUGCAAGUCGAAACGUGGUGGAUUCAAGGACACAUAUCCAGACGACUUGCUUGCACCUGUUUUGAGGGCAUUGAUAGAGAAGACAAAUGUAAACCCGAAUGAAGUUGGUGACAUUGUUGUGGGUACCGUUUUGGCGCCAGGAUCCCAAAGAGCCAGUGAAUGCAGGAUGGCUGCGUUCUAUGCUGGCUUCCCUGAAACUGUGCCUGUUAGAACUGUGAACAGACAGUGUUCAUCUGGCCUUCAGGCUGUUGCUGAUGUAGCCGCUGCCAUAAAAGCUGGAUUUUAUGACAUUGGUAUUGGGGCUGGGUUAGAGUCCAUGACAACCAAUCCAAUGGCAUGGGAAGGGUCAGUCAACCCAAAGGUGAAGAGCUUUGAACAAGCACAAAACUGCCUUCUUCCGAUGGGUGUUACUUCAGAAAAUGUAGCAGGUCGGUUUGGUGUGACUAGGGAGGAGCAGGAUCAAGCUGCCGUUGAGUCUCACAGAAAGGCAGCUGCUGCUACUUCUGCUGGCAAAUUCAAGGAUGAAAUAAUCCCCGUAACUACCAAGAUCGUUGACCCGAAGACGGGUGAUGAGAAAACUGUAACGGUUGCUGUGGAUGAUGGGAUUAGACCAAGCACAACCCUGUCGGACCUUGCAAGGCUGAAACCUGUGUUUAAGAAGGAUGGAACCACAACUGCUGGAAACUCCAGCCAAGUAAGUGAUGGAGCAGGAGCUGUUCUUCUGAUGAAGAGAAGUGUUGCAACGCAGAAAGGACUUCCGGUUUUGGGUGUAUUCAGGACGUUUGCGGCAGUGGGGGUAGAUCCAGCCAUCAUGGGUGUGGGGCCAGCGGUGGCCAUUCCUGCUGCAGUGAAGGCUGCCGGCUUGGAACUCGAUGACAUCGACUUGUUUGAGAUAAACGAGGCAUUUGCGUCGCAGUUUGUAUACUGCAGGAACAAGCUGGGGCUGGACGCAGAGAAGAUUAAUGUGAAUGGAGGAGCCAUGGCCAUUGGGCAUCCACUGGGAGCAACAGGAGCGAGAUGCGUGGCGACGCUGUUGCAUGAGAUGAAGAGGAGGGGGAAAGACUGUAGGUACGGAGUGGUGUCCAUGUGCAUAGGCACCGGCAUGGGCGCUGCCGCCGUCUUCGAGAGAGGUGACGCUGUGGACAGCCUCUCCAACGCCCGCAGAGUGGAAGCAGCCCACUCCUCCCUUCUCUCCAAGGACUCCCUUUAAGUUCCGUUCUCCCCCCCCCUUUUACCUAUACACCACAGUCUCUCCUCUCUCUCUCUCUCUCUCUCUCUCUCUCUCUCUCUAAUAAUAUAAUAAUAAAUACAGAAUAAACAAGGAGGAGCUUUGUUUCUUUGUUUGUUUGUUCUGUAUUGCGGCACAUUUAUUCUUACAUAUUUAUGGAUGUAAUUCGAGACUUCUUUUACACUGA